AGAAGAAAAAAAGGGUAAAAGAAAUCAAAUAAAUGCGCAUACACACAUCCAGAAAGAGAACAGAAGAAGGGUGGGGUUUGUUUCUGAUCAUCAUCAUCGUCUCUCUAUCUCUGUCUUGGAAAGAAGGAACGAAAAGGAAAAAGAGAAGAAAGAGAAAGAAAGAUCUCGAUCGGAAUCGAUCUUUCUCAAGGCCCAAACCCACUUCGUUUCUCUCAGUCCUCGCUUGAUCUCGCCAUUCCAGAACGUUCCGGAAGGUUCCCGAACCCUCCGAUGGAGAUGAACGAGCCCGGCUCCGCCGCCAAAGGCCCCCGCCCCGAUCCCGACGCCGCCCUUGAAGAAUCCAUGUGGAGGUUGGGACUGGGCGAGGGCAGUUCUUCCUACCCGGAGAGGCCUGGUGAGCCGGACUGCUCCCACUACGUGCGUACCGGAUCGUGCAGCUACGGCGAGAGGUGCCGCUACAAUCACCCCCGUGAUCACGGAGCUUUAACUGGGGCUGGAACUGGAAGGACCGGGGCUGUUGAGUAUCUGGAGCGAGCGGAUCAACCUGUAUGUGAGUAUUAUAUGAAAACUGGAACUUGCAAAUUUGGUGCUACUUGCAAGUAUCGCCACCCCAGGCAAGGAAGUGGAUCCAUCCCUCCGGUCUUGUUAAAUGACUGUGGAUACCCACUGCGGCCGGGGGAGAAGGAAUGCUCCUAUUACAUGAAGACUGGCCAUUGUAAGUUUGGUUCAACUUGUAAAUUCCAUCACCCACAACAAGCUGAGGCUUUGGUGCCCUCGCCUGCACCUGCAUUUUAUUCACCGGUGCAGCCUCUGUCAAUUCCUUCACCUCAACAGUAUCCACCCAUGGUUACUUGGCAGUUCACCAGGCCUUCAGUGUUCCCUGGUUCAUAUAUGCCAGGACCUUAUGCUCCCAUGCUGCUCUCUUCAGGAGUUGUUCCAGUUCAGGGCUGGAAUCCUUAUCCGGUGCCUAUGAGUUCGGUAGUUUCUCAUGGAGGUCACCAAGCAGUUCAAGCUGGACAAGUAUAUGGGUUACCAAACCAGCCAUUUCCUUCGAUGCCUGCUUACCCUGGGCCUCUCACACCAGUAUCCUCUUCGGUCGGCCCUUCAAAUGCUAGUCUUAGAGGAGAUAAGUUUCCAGAGAGACCUGGCCAACCAGAGUGCCAAUUCUACAUGAGGACAGGAGACUGCAAAUUUGGAGCUACAUGUAAAUAUCAUCAUCCUCCAGACUGGAGCAUAUCAAAGGGAAACUGUGUUCUUAGCCCCCUUGGCCUCCCACUUCGUCCGGGGGCUCAACUUUGCAAUUACUAUGCACAACACGGAAUGUGCAAGUUUGGGACAACAUGCAAAUUCGAUCAUCCAAUGGGAACUCUGAGCUGUAGUCCUUCUGCAUCUUCACUCUUUGACAUGCCAGUUUCUCCCUACCCUAUUGGAUUAUCUGUUGCUACCUUCGCCCCAUCCUCAUCAUCCUCAGAGCUACAACCUGAAUUCAGUUCCAGUAAGGAAUCUUUCUCUAGCAAAAUGUCAUUCGGGAGCACAUCUAGUGGUUCUAUCGGUACAUUAUUUUCUAAUACGGGUUACCUUCCCCACUUGUUUAUCCGGCAUCAAACCCCUACGUCGAGUAGUGGUGGUUUCAUUGCACCCGGUGGUGAAAUCUCAAGUUCAAGCUGAGAAAAGCAGAUCUCCCUUUAUAGUCAUUUCCAAGUAUGUACUAAGCCUCUAAUUCCAACUCAUUAUUCAUUGGUGUUGGAGGCACAAUAUAUUAUUUGUUUCUUUUUUGUCCGGUCAAAAUUUUGUAACUCCUCCAAAUUGCUCAUCUCAUCCAGCCUCCUCCCGGUUUUUAGCUUUCAUGACCUUGUUUAUACAAUCCUCCUAGACCGACCCUCUUGUGAAAUAAGCUAUGGCAUAUCUGAAGAUGUCAUAGCAAAAUCCUAAGCCUUACACUUUUGUCUUUUCUUGAUAUCUGGCCAACAAACCCCAAACCCCUCCCCCCCCCCCCCCCCCCCCCAACUCUUCCUUCUUCAGUCAAUUAAGCAUCAAUUUUUGAUCUGUCUGCUAUUUUCUAUGAAAACUUUUUUAUAAAUCUUUUCCUCGUGAAAAAGGAUAAUGUGUUUCAUGGCUCAGAUUUCUGCACUAGUUUAGAAUCCAAGCUUCGACAUCUUCUUGCAUUACAGUUCUCUGUGACGCAGGUUACUGAUAUGCAACUCAAGCAAGAUAUCCCCACAGUUGUGCUCAAGCAAUUCCUUAACUUGGUAACCCUGUAUCUAGCGUUAUCAUUCCAAGCAGCACCAAUGGACUCACAUGUACUUGUGGUCAUGGAAAAACCUCCUGCUGCUUGCUUGUAAGAAUAAAUGCAUAGUGGUAUAAGAACAUUUGGAUUUAGAAUGAAUCUUUCAGUUAGUUGUGAAUUUUCA